UUUUAUAUUGGUAACCUUUCAUAUAUUCUCUCUAGUCUCAACAAAAAUGAGACCUCCGGCCGUAGUGGCGGAGUUAGAAGAUUGCCAUAAUAAUAAUUUAAAGGUGGUGGAAACCAUUUAUGAGGAGGAUUAUAGUGAUGACGACACGACGUCCACCGUCGCUUCUCCACCUCCCUUCUCCCCUUCCACCACCUCUCUCCAUUCACGAGUUAAACUCUGGUCCCUUAAUAAUGGAGUUGAAACCGAUGUGAUUAUACGUGUUCAAGGAUCAUCUUUUCAUUUACACAAGGACCCUUUAACGCGAUGCAGUGGAUAUCUGAAACGGCAAUUAACGGAAUCAUCAGAAAUUACUAUAUCCCCGCCGUUAAAGAUAACGCCUCACACGUUUACUUUAGUCGUGGACUAUUGUUACGGAGGUCACCUUUUUAUUACACCGUUCAAUGUGGCUUCUCUUUUACUAGCAGCCGAGUUAUUAGAAAUGACUCGUGACGCGUAUCACAAAGUUGAAAAUCUCCAUCGUAAGACGGAGACGUACUUAUGUCGGACGGUUAUGGUCGACCAAGAUUACGUGGCGGUGGUUUUAAAGUCGUGCAUUGGACUAUUGCCCGAUGUGGAGACUAAAACGGGGCUUAUAAGUAGGUGUAUCGAGGCUUUGAAGUUGAAUCGUGACGUUGUUGGUGAUGUUUCGAGUUGGUUUGAUGGGGUUCAGGAGUUGUCUAGUGUCGAGUUUCGGUUAGUUGUUGGAGCUUUGCAACAAAAUUUGACGGGUAGGCACGAUCUUCUUUACAGAAUCAUCGACUUCUAUUUCAAGGAAGUGGGUGGGAAGACGAGGGAAGAAGAAGGAAGCAAGAUAUGCAAUUACAUCGACUGUUCAAAUCUAUCAUCACAAGUUCUAAUGCAUGCCGUUCAAAACCCAAGAAUGCCCUUAAGGUUUGUGGUUCAAGCCAUGUUUAUCGAGCAACUCAACACGCGCCGCUCUGUUUUCUCCGCAACCCAAACCCUCAAAAACAAUCACCACCAGCAACCAAUCAAACACCUUUCGGCCGGCCCCAAGUCUGUCACCCUUGGCGCGAUCCUCCAACGUGAUGCUGCACGUCGUCAGGUGGCAAACCUGAAAGACUCCAUGGACUAUACUAGCACCCGGAUUCAAAUCUUGGAAGAAGAGAUCAAUGGCAUGAGGAAGCUUCUACUUAACAAACCGGAUACGGGUCGUGUUAUUGGUCAGGGUAAGUCUGAGAGUUUUCGGUUUAGCUCUGAAAGGAAAGUUGAAAGAGGGCAAAGAGGGUCUGUUUCUUCUGCUAGUUUUCGGGUCGUGGAUAUGGGAAAUGAGUCUGAAUAUUCGGGCGAUCAAGUGAUCACUCCUAGGCGUUUCGGGCAACGAGUGAUGAAUGGGUUGAAAAGUGCAUUUCGAAAAUCAGGUUUGGGUCGUAACCGGGAUGAAUUUAGUAAAACAGGAAAAAAGAAGAAUUAGCAGUUACUAGAGUUUUUUAUCGUAGCUAGCCAUUUUGUUGAAGGGACAUAUAUAUAGUGUUGUUUAUUUAUGUAAAAACGUAUGCAUUUAGUCUCAAAGAUGUAAAUUAUUUUUAGUUCCUGGCGAAUAUGGGUUAUAUAUUGAUUGUGUCAAUCUACCAACAAAUUUGUU